CACGAGGGAAGAAACAAGUAACGGUACGGGCUAACUUGGCACGAAUAUCCAUCGCUUGAAAUUGUCAACGUGUACGAUACUUGCCUGACGGGACAAAAUGAAACGAUAACGCGUACAUCGAUCGAUAGACAUUAUUAAAAAUUUAUUCGUUCACCACGUGUCAUCCGUACGUUAAAAAGUAUCCGUUCCACUAAAAACAAAAGACAGAUGCAUUUCGUACGUCAUUAAAGGUGACUAUAGAAUAAAUGGUAUCUCGAUAGCGAUGGUGUAAUUUUUAGUGGCACGUUCGACAACAACGCGAUCCCGAAGAUUCAUUCGCGAGAAAUUCGAAAGUUCGAUACGUGGUUCGAAUUUCUUUUAAAGUGACCAUUCGUCGAGGUAAUAUUACUGCAAUAAUUGUGCUAUCGCUUGGUGUACUUGAACGUGUGCCUAGGUGCACGUACUUUGAAUUUUCCACAGUAGUUUUCCGAAGUAGCGCGUAAAACGCGAUCGGGAAUUAAAAAGUGAACGGCAAGUGGGGAAUAAACUGUGUACGAGCAUUUUCUCUCUUCUCGGAUGGAAUAAAACGAGUCAUUGUAAUGCAAUUGAUCGUGGGAUGCUGUAACUACUUGGAAUAUCGGUGUAAUCGUGGUCGAUCCGUGACAUCGCGUGUGAGAAAAUUGAGUGUCGGUUGUUCUACGAGUUGUUAAUACCUGCCAUUCUUCCCUCGUCCCUCUUUCAAAGGCAUAGCGAUUCUUCGCCAAACGAUUGCAAAUAGGGAAAAAGUGGAACAUUCUACUUUCACGUUUGACGAAGGUUCGAUUUCGCUACUCGAUUAAAGCGAUACCGAUAAAAACCAGAGACAAAGAUUCUUGUACAGAAGUAAUUGAAGUUCAAUCGCGAAAUAGGACGAAUGGAGAGCGAAAAGAAGAUGGUUAAAUGGUCUUUGAUCAUCGUUUUCACUGUUUCGAUAUUUGUUGGCAGGGUGUGCCCAGUGUCACAAACAGGGCACGAUAAUAGUACUGCGGAAGUUAUAACGAAGGUGACAGACACGUCUCCUAUUUCGAAGAACAAUGACAACAAUACAGUUGCACCCAUAGCCAAAUCUGUGGAAGUUAAAAAUGAGAAAUUAAAUGAUUCGACAAGUGUCAACCGUAAGUGUAAUUCUACGACGGAAACAGAAAAUAUGCUUAAUUGUAACGUCAUGCCGAAAGACAACGAUGACGCGAUAGAAGGAAAUUUACCACCAAAGACGACAGAACCUACAACUACGACAACAAUUACGAUUCCCGUAAGCAACAAGACUGAAGCGAACAACACGGAAACUCAAACGUCGAAAAUUACACCUGAUAAAAACGAUUCAGUUAGCACGGAGAAACUUCAAGUAAUACCGUUAGAUUCCACGGAGGCCACUCAUAGAACACAUUACGACGUUGCAUCUACAGAAAUAAACAAUCCCAUAAACACGAAUGACACGAAGAAUGAUUCGAAACCCGAUGCUAACCGCACUGAAACGUCGAUUAGCUCUGCAGCGCCACUAUUAGCAGAUGAUAUCAUUGGAGAAGUAAAAUCAACUAACCAUGGUCGUAAUAAAAGUAUGCCCUCGGGUGUCAUAGCGCUGGUUACUGCGAUCAGUUUUGCCGUAGCAAUUGCAAUAGUGUACAUUGCAAUGAUUGUUUGGAGGCGGUAUAUCGAGUAUAGGUACGGGCAUCGGGAGUUACUUGUUAAUGAGUUAGAAUUCGACACUAAUGAUUUACGUCAUUUCGAGCUAUGAUUUAAUGAAGAGCAGAAAGCUGCAGAGAAGAGAAACAUAAGCGAAUGACUCACAGCUCAGGCUGGUACCAUGUAACUAUUAAAGAUUCAUUGAUCUGUGAUACUAAAGACAUGCAUUGCGUCUAACAGUCAACAAACCAAAUAUAUUUGGAUAAUAUUAUACAUUUCUUAUAAUGUAAUUGUUUUAUAUGUAUACAACCCAGUUUUUUCAACAA